AUGGAGUGGGAUCCCAGCCGAUUCUUCCGUCCUGAGGGGAGUCCUUCGCCUUACGCUCUUCUCAUCCUUAACCAGCCAAUCAAUGAGAAUGCUUUUGGAGUGUUGAGCAGAUAUGCAUCCUAUAUUAUUUGCGCCGAUGGAGGUGCCAAUCGGCUUUUUGAUAUGCCAGAAGUUAAUGGAAAGGGAUCUAAAGCACUUCCUGACUCCAUUGUCGGCGACCUUGAUUCUAUCCGCCCCGCAGUGCGAAGACAUUAUGAGAAGCUCGGAGUGCCCAUCCUCCAAGAUCCAGACCAAUACUCAACAGACUUCACGAAAUGUCUGAAAUAUCUCAACGUACAUGCUGCAGAGAUCAUGGCUUCUCCCCGAAAAGGAGCAAACACUCGGACCAAAUCAAAGACCAAUGGCGCAAAUCAAAGCACAUCAACCUCACCAUCUGAUCAAUCACCUCUGGAAGUUGUGAUCCUCGGCGGUCUGGGUGGCCGUGUGGAUCAGGCUUUCUCCCAAGUGCACCACUUGUACAUGAUGACGCAGAAGCAACGCUCGAUUCGUGAAAAUGAAGCCGACACCUCUGAUGCCAAGCCAGCUGCAGGUGGUAACCUAUAUCUCGUCUCCGAGGAAAGCAUUACCUUCAUUAUCCAAACAGGGAAGAAUACAAUCUACACGCCUGCAACAAGACGAGCAGAUAUCGCGACAGCUUCGGGAUCUAAUGUAAGCAAGUCACCGAGAAAACGGAAGCGCGAGCAAGAGCAGGAGCAGGAGCAGGAGCAAGUGCGACAGCCAAAACCAGAACCAGUAUACUUCUUCGAAGAGAAUAUCGGGAUCAUCCCCCUCUCGUCACCUGCCGAGAUUACAACCCAUGGCUUUGAGUGGGAUGUGGAGAAUUGGCAUACCGAGAUUGGAGGGCAGAUAUCCACGAGCAAUCAUAUUCGCGCCGACAAGGUGGAGGUUGAGACCUCUGUCCCGGUUUUGUUUACAGUGGAGUUGGCGGAGAGGUUGAAGAGGUGA